AUAGUCUGAUAAAAUUGACAAAAAAUUAUUUUCAUAACAAAUAAAUUUUUUUUGCGGACUUAAAUCCAAACAAGUACAUAUAUCUCCAAAUUUUACUAUUAAAUAUGGCCCGGCCCGGAGGGUUCACCCGAUGAACCGGUUCUUGGACCGUGAUGGGUUGCUAAUUUUCCCGGCAGUUUUUAUAAAAUACGUAUGAACCGGACUGUUCUGUUUAGUCAGGACCGGUCUGAAUAGCUGGUAUAAAAAUCAACCUCUAUCCCUAAAAAUUUGCCGCUCAUCGAACAGAUCUUUCAGGACUGAGUCUCAGGUCAUCUCUCCCAAUCGUCCUCGCACGCUGCAACCGUCGUUCGGCGUUUGCCCUACAUCGUCUCGGUCGUCUCCGUCAGGAAUGAGCCAUUCACAAGAUACUUCCGCUCUUAAGCGGAAAAGGCCAGAAUCGAAUCCCCUUACUCAGUCUCUUGUCGAUGCUGACCGUGCAGUUCUCACAGUGAUCAAAAGUAAAGAAGAUAUGGGAAUCUGGACAAGAGACAUCAAACGAGACACAAACCUACCAGAAAAUCUUGUUAAUAAAUCCCUCAAGUCACUUCUAGCAAAGAAACUGAUAAAGGAGGUUGUAAACAUCCAAAGCAAGGGGAGAAAACACUACAUGGCAGCUGAGUUUGAACCAUCAAAGGAAGUCACGGGUGGCUCCUGGUAUGUGGAAGGGAAUCUUGAUAAAGAAUUCAUUUCUGUUCUCAAAGAUUUUUGCUUUAGGUUCAUACGUAGUCGGAAGGUUGCUACAACGGAGCAAGUUCACGAUUUUUUCAAGAAAAGUGGAGCCAUUAAGGUUGAGUGCACAGUUCAGCAAAUUUCCGAGAUAUUGAGGUGUAUGGUUUUGGACAAUGAAAUUCUAGAGGUGAAGAGUACUGGAUUGGGAGAAUAUCAUUCUAUUCCUAUUGGCACGUCUUGUUAUAGAUGUGCAACUGGGGCAGGGAUUGGACAGGGUCCAAAAAUUGGGGCAAUGGCUUCAAUUCCAUGUGGUGUUUGUCCCAGGAUUAGUCAAUGCACACCCAAUGGAAUUAUUUCACCAAGUACUUGUGCCUACUUCACAAAAUGGUUGGAUUUUGAUUACUAAUGGAUUUUAUUUGAGCUAUUUUUCAAAUUGGCUUUUCAUAUUUUGAGUAC